AUGGAGGUGCUCGUGGAGCGAAAGGAGUUCAUAAGAGCUCAACUAGAUCCAACACUCUACGAAACGCAAACACCGUCAAAUCAAAUCAAUCAGGUGCUUAGACUGUUGGACAAUCCUGUUCUACCAAUCAGUCCAGAUGAAGAAAGGGACGAAGAAACCGAGAAAAUGGAAAAGGAUCUGAACCGCGCUCUUGAAUCUAUUCGCUGGAAACAAGAAAUCACUGAAAUUGAAACAAAACAGACAAUAGCGAAUGGUGUGAUGCUUGUUCAAACCAGAAUCAUCGAAGCGACGAAACGACGUCGAAAUUUUAGCAAAGAAGCUGUAGCUAUUUUACAAGAAUAUUACGACAAUCAUCUAGCUCACCCGUAUCCAAGUGAAAGAGAAAAAAUUAGACUCGCUGAAAAAUGUCAUAUCUCUGUACAGCAGUAUUACUCACUGAACAUCAAAAUGCUAAACAGUAGAGGAAACUGGCCUCAUUCUCCUGACCCUGAAAGAGCCUCUAAUUCGGUAGCGUUGGGUAUGACGAGUACAGAGAGGCUGCUAAAAUCUCAGGGCCAAUGGAAGCUGCCAGGAUUGCAAGAAACUAAGGUGACGAUCUGUACCCACAAUACACAUACACUUGCAUCCGAAUAG